UCAGCUUAGCAGCAUAGUUUGCUCUAAAGUGCUGACCAAUUCCCACUAAAUACAGCGCUAUUUUUUUAAUUAAGAGAUCAAUCAAAACAUCACGCCAGUUUAAGUUAAAUUACAGUACAGGGAAAACGUACAUAAGAUAUUUUCUACGUGUCGCUAAACAUUAUCAGGCCGCAGUGACAAGCUAACUAUGCGUUACUAGCGGUCGGUGCAGCUAUUUUGCAUACAGUAUUUGGUUUUAAAAUAAAUUACACGAUAAUUUUUGUCAUCAGUGCACCGAAAACGGUAACAUGCUAAGUUGACAUUGAGGUUAAUAUCAUCUUGACAUCUCAGGAAUCUCUUAUAAUGUUAAAGCUGCAGGCAAACAUCUCUAUGUGAGAGAGCGGGACAAAAAAAGGAUGAUCUCGAAGAUUUAACCAAGCACUGACAAACAUGCCUCAGCGGAAGAGAGCCCUCGUUCCCGUUAAUACGAGGAGAAGGGCUAAAGCAGACGAUGAUUACUUCCCUUUCAACUCCCUGCCGGUGGAAUGUCAGCUCCACGUGCUCUCGUUCCUCAGCGAGGUGGACAAAUGUAACUCUGCCCUGGUGUGCUCGAGCUGGAGUUGCUUAGUGCGUUCUGGAAAGCUCUGGAGAGUUGCGGACUACUCUCGCCGUGGGGUGUUUCAUUUGGGCCAAGAGGGUCUGCUCGUAUCCAACCGCGAGUUUGAGCGCUGGAAAUCUUGGGUUCACCAUUACACCCAUCAUCUUAUAUCCCGUGGUGCUAGUUUGCUCACUCUCAAGGCCAGUUUCGAUCUAGGCGACCAGUGCAAUAAAUGGGGCGAACUUCUGUCACAUCUUCUAGAGAACGUGCAUUGUCGGGAUCUCAGUCAUUUAGACCUGAACUGGACGUUUACGCUCCUGGAGCCCCUUGACCUUCGCGUCCACACCAGUUCUAGUUCUCACCAAGACAACAUCACCAAGAUGGACCAGGUCAAUAACUUCCAGAUCCUCCUGGCCAGACUCGUCCACAGCUGUCCCAGGAUCACCAAAAUGCGAUUGCACUUCGACUGGUCCGAAACAUCAGUUGCGCUCAUCACUCAGUUUCAACACCUUCGUAUAUUAGAGCUCAAGUACUUUUGGGUGUUCAAAGGAGUCAGUCCGAACACACUCCAGACGGUGACCAAGUCUCUCCCCAAUCUGAAGUCCCUAACGCUGCAUGUUCUUGUACCACUUCGAAAUUUAGGCAUCUCGUACACUCUCGAAUCCCUUUCACUCGAGUUUUUAGAUGUGUCGCCUAGUCGAGGGUUGGUUUUUUCAAGACUUAACCUUCCAGCGCUACGAGAGCUGCGGGCUAAAAAGAUUGUUCGGGGCAUUACUCUGGACCGGCGGACUCGACUGCGCAUACAGAGCCGUUGGCCCUGCUUGUAUCAGGUCUUACGUGAAGGGACCCCCAAACUUCAAGCUCUUAACAAUGAAAGACUACUUCCGAACUGGAAGGAGCAAAGCUACAGGGAGCUGACGUCAAUCCUCCAGCAGUCCUGCUACUGUCUUCAGCAUUUAGACAGUUGGCUUUGGUGAAGCUUAGACUGAAGUAAUGAAAGGCUCCAAAUGAUGGCCUGAAGGGACACGGAUGCUUCCUGAAGAAAAACAUUUGAUGGACCACAAAAAACACACAUUUCUGAUCCUCUCUAAUUACAAAUAGCUGUAAUUGAAUUAUACAUCAGCCCUUUGCUUGCAUGUAAUUGGAUUAAAUUUCAAUACACAUCCAUUUCCUUAGCCGUG